AUGGCCGUAGAAUCACUCUUACCUUCCGACGGCUAUUCUUUGCCGUUUAUCGAACCACACACUCCUGAAUUACUUAUCAUAGGUUCAUUCCUCUAUCUACUCAAUGUCAUCCAUGGGAUUUUCGAUUUCCUAUUUGGCGCCGGUCUUGUUGGGCAACUCGUUCUCGGGGCCACCUAUUGUGUUCCUUUGGGAGAUAUUCUUCCCAUAGAUAUUCAAACAUCAUUGGGAGCCAUUGGCUAUUGUGGGCUUCUCUUGCUCGUUGUUGAAGGCGGCCUUGGCACUAGAUUCGACAUAUUAACCAAAAGGAACAACCUGAUUCUGUGCCUUUUGGUUGCGUCAUCCGGUAUAUGCUUGCCAAUAGGAUUUGGUAUGUCAAUACUUUAUUUCGGCUACCAAUACACUAUCCUCGAGUCUUUUGUGAUUGGUGCGGCACUUAGUGUUACAUCGUUGGGGACUACAGUUGCGAUCAUGUCCUCCAUUAGCAUCGAUACUCCUGAGAAGUCCGACGGUAACACUUUAGCGGGCCAACAGUCUACGUCCCAAAAGUCCAGUAACAAUAUAGGCGACACCCGCGCUGGAACCAUACUUAUAGGGGCAGCCGUGAUAGACGAUGUCCCCGGGUUGGUCGUCAGCAGCGUUGUAUCGGAUCUGGGCUCAGCCAAUGCUUCAUCAAAGUUAUCAGCUUGGGGUAUUGCGCGUCCAAUUGUCACCUCCGUAGCACUCCUUUUGGUAACUGCCUCAUUAGCCAAAUUCAUUGCCCCUUUAUUCGCCAAGCGCCUCUCAUUCAUGUUGCAUGAUGGUCGGCAGCCACUACGUCCCUCUGAAGAGAUUUCGAAGGCGGAGUAUGAUCAGCCUGGUGAAAAGAAUAACUCUUCGGUGUCGCAGUCAUACCAAGCUGAAGCGCCUCCUGAUUCAAAUCAAUCGCCGAAUUUUGAGCAGGCUAGUCCUACGGCUAAUAACCAGGGGCAUUCCGACCAACUAUUGAAGGCAUGGUGUAGUCGCUUGCCGCCGUCCGUGCGAUCCCAAUUCCCCAACGUUGCACUAUUCCUUUUCAUAUUGGUCAUCUUUGUCUAUAUCACUAUCGCUGAUUACAUUGGGUCAUCACGGCUUAUUGGUGCUUUCUGCGCUGGGAGUCUUAUGAGUCAUGCCUGGAAACUGAUUCAAGAGCACACUAAAUGCGAUGCACAUUCCGUAUGGUCUCCCCAUGCUUCGUUUAAACGGAUAGAGCCCGUGCAAGCCUAUAUUCUUGCUCCCUUCUUUUUUGCCAGCAUUGGCGCAGCUAUCCCAGUUCGCUCACUAUUUCAAGCCACGACCGCAUGGAGGGGAAUACUUUUCUCGGCACUUAUGAUCGUCGCCAAACUUCUUGCUGGCGGAUGGCUACCGGUGUGGGCAGUACUUGAACGGCGGUGGCCUCUUCGAUGCAUCAGCGACCAGGAGUCACUUUCGGAACCCACUCCAUCCGCGACCCCAGCAUGGCCUGCGGGCAUGCUCGUAGGUCUUGCACUGGUGACCCGCGGAGAAAUCGGUCUAUUGAUUUUGAACAUUGCCAAAGCUCGAGAAGUCGUUCACGAUGAAGGGUUCUCCGUUGGUAUUUGGGCGGUUGUCUUGAGUACUUUGGUCGGCCCCAUCGGAGUAGGAACACUGCUACGAACGCGAGCCGUAAAUUGGAUCAUAAGGGGACCAUGGGGCCUCCCCUCUGGCUAA